GGCGGAGCGUGUUCGACUGACUGCGCAGGCGCGCGGGCGGCCGGCGGAAGGAUUCGCUGAGCCCAGGCGGUUGGCCGCGAGUGCCAACGCGCUGACGGAGGCGCUCGUGGUGGGUGGGGAACGCCGCCGGCCGUUUGAACCUGACGGCGGGACAUGGCCGUGGCGGUCCACGGGAGAUGGACAUCAUUUCAGAAGCCACGAAUGGCCUUGAAAUCAAGGAGUCUGUUGUUAACAAUAUUGAAAAUAGGUCCUUAACUGAUGAGAAGCAUGUAAUCCACCAAAAGCAAGAAGCAGCAAUGGACCCAAUCCUCGUUACACCAGAAAAACUUAAGACCCCGAUGAAUUUUUCUACUGUAACAGUGGAGCAGCUUGGGAUUACACCAGAAAGUUUUGUGAAGCAAUCUCCAGGAAAAUCCUUGCUAAAAAAAUCAAGGCGCCGUUCCACAGUUGGAGUCAGAGGUUCUUCUGAAACAAAUCUUCUCAUUAGAUACAUUGCUCAGCAAAGGAAUUUUGAAAAAGCAAAUGAAUCUCCUUUGGCAGAGGCUUCUCCUUCAAUACAGCAGGCCAGCCCUUUUCGACAUAGAAAUGGUGAUUCAGUAAGGCAGCGAAUUUCUGCCUUCCAAUCUGCCUUUCAGCCAGUAAAGGAAAACGAAGGAAAGCCUGGACAUUCGGGGCCAGAGGAAGAAUUUCAGGCAACAGACUGCACGAAGAACAAAAAUCCAAAACGUUGUGACCAGCCCAAGCAUUGUGGAGACUUAGCAUCCAAGCGACGGCGAAUAUCUUACCAGAGAGACUUAAAAGAAAAUAUAGCCGAUGGUGAAAAGAAACUGACUGACAUCCAGAUAUGCCAUAUUGCUACUUUGCCUGACACAAAUCGAACUUAUACCUGUGAAACUUGGACGCCAGAUCAUUCUAAGGAAUCUUUGGAUCCAUUCUUUGUUGCCCAGUCUGAAUGCUUGAUUUUAGAGGACAUUCCACGCAAAGAUCUCUCAGGUGCUAUAAAAGGGAAGAACAUUGUUGGAUGUACAGAGGAAGAACGAGCGAGUAAUGCUGCGUCAAGACACUGUAGAAAAAGAGGCAAAUUUGAGAAAGAACUGAGCCCGGAAACAUUUGGUGAGAUCAUGCCUCCAAUUGCGCCUGUGUACAAAGGGGACCUUUCAUCUUGUGAGUCCUCCUUCCUUCGCUCUGUCCUGAAGAAGACCCCUGUGAAGCUGCUUCUGGAAAGCUUGCAGGAACAUUGUGACACCUCCAGUUAUGAUGCAAAUCAAUCAUUUUCAUUCUCAGAUCUUUCAAAAGGUUGUGAGGAACUGAAAAAUGAUAAAAGCAGUUUUAAAGUCCAAAAAUCAUGGCACAAAAAGAGAGUUACGUUUGGAGAAGAGCUAAGCCCAGAAGUAUUUGAUGAAUCGCUGCCAGCAAAUACUCCACUGCGGAAAGGAGGUACACCUGCUCGACAACAAGGUGUAAGAAACAGCAAUCUUCCUUUCUUCCCCAAAUUGACCAUUUCGGAGGCGAUAUCCCAGCCCAUCUUCGAAGAGCCAGAACAGGAUCUGGUGAGCAUGGAACCCCUGGAAGUAUCUUUUGCGGUUCUCAGACCUGCUUCUAACUCUUCAUCCUCUGAAACUAUCGAAGACACUGAUGCUGUUAAUUCUUCAAAUAACUAUGAAAAAACUUCCCCCUCUAAAGUUGAUAGAAUAACACGGUCCUCUAGCAGACGGAAGUUGGCCGGUGUUACCGAAGAGGACGGUUUUAGCAACCUAGUUAGUAUAGAUGUUAAGAAUAAGGAAAAGAGACCGCAUAGGAAGAAAGCCCAAGCAGCAAAGAGCACAAGCAGAUCCACAUCGAAAAAGAUGCCGGUGUUAAAAAAUUAUAGGAGGAAGAAAAGGAGGGGAAAGAGUUUGAAGAAAUCUUUCUACGGAUUACGAGAGGUGGCUUCCCGGAAACCCCCUCUGAGUCCCAUUCCCGAGAUCCCCGAGUGCCCGUCUCCAGAGAGCCCCACCCCGCAACGCUCCCCAGCUCUGUGGUGCACAGCUGAGGGUCCUGAUAUGCACAAAGAUGAUUACAACAGUUCCAAAGAGGAUGCCAUGAGCUCUGAUCUAAAAAAACCAUUAGAAAGAUCCAGAAAAUCCUUUUUGUCCAAGAACCCAGAAACCCUGACUCUGUCUCAACUGUAUGAAGAAACCACUUCCUCGGAACACUCCACUUCUGAUAUUGAAAGCGAAUCCUCCUUUGGUCCUGUUUCUUUUGACCAAAGUUCUUCAAGUGUAAGUACGGUAUCAUUUUAUGGAAGUGGCCAUAUUCAACAUAAAAACCAGCUGCUGGAGCAAGACCACGUGAAGAAAAAGACUAAGAGCCAAAAUGUCUUUCUGUCCCCGACAUUAACUCUGACAACCAAGGAAGAGAUAACACCGAUGGUGCCUAAUUCCAGUUUUUUUGUGUGGCCGCCUGAGGCUCUUCUUCCAGAUGUGGGAAGUGUUUGUGAAUCGGAAAGCUUUGACAACACGCAGGAAGAAGAUGAAGGACUGAGUACGGGAUGUGAAGAGCAAAAAGAUGCUUCUGUAGUAACUUCCAGCGAAGGGCUAGAGAUGAGUCAUUUAGCAGCUGCUUCAGAGAGGGAAGAGAAUAGUCUGGAAGAUGCUGAUAUGAGAGAGGACGUGGACCAAACCCAAAGUGACAAUCAAGAGUUGAAAGGAAGAAAACCCCAAGCAAGCAGUGACCUCUUAAGUUACAAGAAUCUUUUAAAGAGGCUGAGAAGAAGCUCUAUUUAUUGUCCAAAUGAUGAGAAGAUCGAUUUUGAAGAAAGUGGAAAUGAGUUGCCUACCUCCUCUCCCAUGGAAGAAGACUUACCUUUGGAUAAAUCUGAACUCUUUAACAAUUUAGCCGAGUCUAUCAAAGAAGCCUUUAAGAGAUUAAGCGCCGGUGGAGUCAAAGUCAGACGUAGCACAAGAUUUCAAAGAAAUACAGAAAAUCAGGGCCUUAUUUGGGUUUCACUUCCAGGCCCUUCCACCUCCUUUACUUCUCACCAAGCCAAAAGGAGGACAAUUUGCUCAUCUAAUAGCGGAGAGCUUGAAAAUCUGCCCUACACCCAAGGGUCAUCCUGUAUUUUGUCCUCUGUUUCAGGCAGAGAAAACUCUGAGAAUGAUUCUGUGUCUGGGGCUUCCAGAAGGAAGAGCUUUUGUACAUCUGCUCUUUCAGAGAACAGAAAUGCCUCUCGUCCCAAAUACUACAGAAGAACAAGCGUUUCUCAUAGGAAUGAGGAAAACCAUCCAAAUGACUUAGAAAAAAUGGAAGUAUUAGAGAAUCCAAACAAUAUCUGACAUUUCCAGCCUUCGUUUUCUAAGGGGGAAGGUAACUAUAUGUUUCAAAGAUUGUUUAUUUUUGCAGUUGACAUUCUUCAGAAUGCUUUAGAGUUGUAACAUCUUAGGUCAAGAAACUGAACCAGUUAAAAAUAUGUUAGGUUUGACUUUGUAAUUAUCUUUUUAAAGGAAAAUAAUUCAUCAUUUUUUUUCUUCCUCUUGCUUUAGUGAGACUCAAAGUAAGAAUGAAAGAAAAAUAGUCAAUUGAUAUCCAUUAUGUAAGAGUUAGAAGGGAUUUUGAGUUCGUUGGAAUCAAAUGAACUCUAGAUUAUGAAAAAAUAGUAGAAAGAGGCUAGGGUUCACUUUUAAAAUGCCGUAAGCAUGCUGAGACAGUUUUUCUAGAUUCUUUUUUUUUUUUAAGGCACUUCAUUUAUCUAGAAAUUAAAGAAAAAUUUUUUAGUCAUUGAUAAAAGCUAGAAUUCACUUUUCAGAUUUCAAAUGCUCAAUAAUGUUAUGUCUAUUUAGUGAAAAUUUUAUAGAAUUAUUAAGAUCCAAAUGAAAUAUAUAAUCUUUAAAGUGAUUUUUUCAUUGACUUGUUUUCAAAAAAUAAAUUCACCAUUGAGAUUUUUUUUUUUAAUGAUCUAGACUAGAAGGCAUUGUUUGCUUUCACCUAAGAUAUCUAUAUCUCUUCAAAUGAAUAGGCUUUUGGCUAAGAUGUAGUGUUACGUCAUUCUUGGCAACCAAAUCACCCAUAUAGCUAUAGCUAACUUGGAAGCUAAUUGAACAUUUUCUUCUCAAUAGGAAGUCAUUUAAUUGAUAGUCAGAAUUUAAGUCAGACCCAAGACAAGGAGUCUGCUAGCGUGUAGAUGGCAGUAGGUCCAAGUUUGCUCUUCUAAAGCAGCGCCCUUGCCUUUAUCCCGUAGCAUUUCCACUCAGGAGCUUCCGCCAGCACUAGAGUUGGGUCUCCUCAGUCGCUGGGCGAAUGGGCACGCGUAACUUGGAAGACCCCAAACCUUGUACGUCUUGGACUUAUAAAAAUCCAUAUAAAUCAUUGUAUCAUUACAGAGUCUUCUUUGAAGUCCUUUUUGAACCUUUCUACCAUGAUAGCACUAACUUGUUAACAAAUCGAACUCUUUAUAAAUAACACAACAAGGAAAAAAGCUCCUGCUGUGUUGUAGCAUUUUUUCCCUUCUGUGGAGAGACUGCGUUACCUUCUUGGCACCAGUAGGUCUGGAACUCCUGCUGCUAAGACUAAUGUAUUUUACAUUAACACUCAAAGUGAUCCCAACUCCUGCUAAAGGGUGGAUUGUUUCCAAAACUGGGUUUUUUGCAAUAUAAAACAUUUAUGAGCUUCUUUUCUUUCUCCUUAUGGUGGAUGAUAUGGUUAGCGAGUCGUCUGUGCCUCAAAAACAAUGCUCAGUUUCUGGUUCCAUUUUUUUCCAACAACAAAUUUAGUCUGUGGCUCUCAGUAUUUUGUCUUUUGUUUCUUAAUUGUAGCACAUGAAGGUAAAAUGGCUCUGACAUAUAAUCUAGAUUUCAGUUUUGUCUUUCAGAGUAAAACGCAGCAUCAGAUGACUCUUAUGUUUGUGCGAUUUAAAACUUAAUUUUCUCUGUUUCAAUUCUCAGCCAUUACUAAUAGGGAAGGGAAAAUAUUUGGUAUGUGUAUCUGUUUCCUUUAUCUCUUACUGAUCUUUCAUUGUAAACGUGUUUGUCAGAUUAAAGAUGAAAAUAAAGUGUUGUAUCGUAGAAUACGCUUUUGCAUUACUGUUGGUUUCCAAAUGUUUCAUUACAAAUAUUUUACUUGGUUUCUACAGAUAACAAUAGGCAGUUUGCCCAAAAAACCAGAAGAUCUGAAGAAAUAAAGCAACUUAAGAAGCCAUUUCAUCCAACAAAACUGUUUGUGUUGUAAAAUUUUUAAUUGUUAAGAUUUCUGUAUUGGAUCAUGCUUGUUUGCUUUUACUGUUUUUUCAUGGGUGGUAAAAACAAAGAUCAUGAUGUACUUCUGUUGUGUCCAUUUUUUCUGCCUGCUAAGCUUACCAAGCAGCUUUCCCAGAAGGACGUUUUCUUGAAGUCUUCCCUGUAUCCUAACAUUUUCAGAUGGAGUCAUUGAAUUGGUUUUUAUGUUGAUGUACAUUCUGCUUUGUACCAGAAGAUGGCAGCCUGACAUGAGGCUUCUUGUUGUAUUUAGUUCUAACUCCAGGCAGCCCCUCUUCAUUUUGUGUGCUCGUGCUUCAAAUGACCCCCGAUUAUUUGGUAUAAAAUAAGACUAGGUAAAUGGGCCCCACCGAUCCUUCCCAGCCAGUCAGCCCCGGCAGCUCCCCUCCCGCACGGACAUCCUCGGGGUCCCUCUCCCUCCGCUCCCGUUCCACGCAGUCCUGGUUCGGGGCUCAGCUCCAGCUCGAUGCAGACCCAGAACCGUCACGAUAGUGCUCGAUCUCAGCUCAGGGACGAUGCCCCGGGGGAGGCGCAGGGAGGAGAGGCUGCUUGAACCCAGUUCCAGCUCGAGCGCUCGCCAGACCUUUGUUUUCUUAGCCUCCCCGAUAGCUCCCGUGGAGGCAGGCUGAUCUAAGUCACGUCGGGUCCAGCAAGCCUGUGCCGAGGAGGGCCCGCUCCUCCCCAGCUCCUCCGGGCUCUGGCUUUAGCGUUCUCUCCCUGCUCUUUCCUCUUCCCUCUUCUCCUUGCUGCUGAGCCAGCCCUCCCCGUCCCACCCCACCCCCCUAGGAGCCCCGGGGGGCCAUCUGGGAAAGCAUGAGAGUGCCGGGAGUCUGGGUAGGACAGCUGUGGAGAGGGAUGCCGCUCUCCCCACGCAACCAAGGGUCUGGGGGCCUGUCAGAGAAUAGAGACAUCCCGCCGGCCUAGAAUCAUUUCUUCUUUGUCAGAUUUCAUCUAGCGUCCUGGACUCUUACCAGUAAAAUAGGUUAAACAGAAAUUCACUUUCUAACCUCUUUGGCUGGAUUCUGAAAAUAAAACAAAUUGCUGUUCACUCUUCUUUA